GAUCAAAGCUUUGAUACUGGAUUUCUGAAAACACUCUUUUGUCGGUUGAAACUGCUGAGCUAGAAAAAUGGGAAUUCCGUCGGAAAUGAGGGAUAUUUGGAUCCAGAGAAGAACAGAUUCCUUCCUAAUUCCUUCUCCCGCUGAAGACGAGAAGAAAUCGAGGGCCGAGCAGUACUCUCAAGAGGGAAUUCGUGCCGGUAUCAAGGCUGCGGCCAUUGCCGCCGUUGUUAGCGCUGUGCCUACAUUGACCGCAGUUCGUAAAGUUCCUUGGGCGAAGGCGAACCUCAACCAUACUGCUCAAGCUCUUAUCAUAAGUGGAGCAUCGAUAGCUGCAUACUUCAUUACUGUCGAUAAAACCGUGUUGGAGAGUGCUAGGAGGAAUUCUCGAGCUCAGUUUGACAACAAAACUGCUUGAAUGCCAGACCCGAAGGUAAUGCAGAAGGUUCCAAGGGCAACUUUAGCAUAUGUUAAUAAUUUAAUUUUUUUGUUUUGUAAUAA